AUGGAUGCCGAGCGCUUUGACACUUCUGUCCCUCUCUGGAUUCUGCACGUGGAUGGCUCGGCAAACCAGCAAGGCUGUGGUGCCGGCUUAGUGUUAACCACUGUGGACGGUGGCAAAGUCAAAUAUGCCCUCCGAUUCAACUUCAGGACCUCUAACAACGAGGCAGGGUAUGAGGCUCUCCUGGCUGGCCUUCGGCUAGCCAAGAGCAUGAGCGCGAGACAGAUCAGCAUUCACAGUGACUCCCAGCUCAUUGUGAAUCAAAUAACGGCAGACUUCGCAGCCAAGGAUGCCUCUAUGUCGGCUUACCUAUCGGCAGCUCACCAAAUCCUGCAAAAAUUUCAGGCCUACGAGAUUCGGCAGAUCCCCAGGUCUGAAAACAGCCACGCCGAUGCACUCUCACGUUUAGCUUCGGCAAUAAAUGACAAAAUCGGAAGAAAGGUACCGGUAGAGAUAUUAUCCCAGCCAAGCACGACAAUUGCUGAGGUGUGUACCGUACGGUACGAAGACACAUGGAUGUCUCCAAUCUAUGCUUUCCUGACAAACGGAAUCCUUUCGACCGAUAAGUCCCAAGCUCGAAAGCUCCGGUACCGAUCAACAAGAUACACAGUCAUCGACGAUGUUCUGUACAAGCGAGACAACACCACGCCGUAUCUAAAGUGCCUAACCAGAGAGCAGGGGGACUACAUCCUUCGGGAGGUCCACAACGGAGUCUGUGGUGACCAUUCAGGAUCCCGAUCGCUCGCACACGAAGUCUUUCGACAGGGAUAUUUCUGGCCGACUCUGGAAAAAGAUGCGAACAUGUUGGUCAAAAAGUGCGACAAAUGCCAACGGUUCGGUAGCGUCCCUCACAUUCCUGCCGAGCCACUCUCACCGAUUGUGAGCCCGUGGCCAUUCGCCCAAUGGGGAUUAGACCUAAUUGGUCCGAUGCCAGAAGGCAAGGGUAAGGUCAAAUACGCUGUGGUUGCCGUACACUACUUCACCAAAUGGGUAGAAGCCAAAGCCUCAGCAACAAUAACGGCAACCAGAAUUGAAGAUUCGACAUCCCCUACGCCAUCAUCACGGAUAACGGCAAGCAGUUUGAUUCGGAAGUCUUCAGGGAGUUCUGCAUUCGCCUCAAGAUCAACCUGUUGUUUGCUUCGCCAGCUCACCCCCAAUCGAACGGCCAGGUCGAAGCAAUGA